AUGGCUGCUGUGAUUCCUGAAAAGGUGCAUUUUGCACCAGGCUCUGAGGCUUUACGAGUGUCCGAGGAGCUGAGCAAGGAACCGUGGGCCAAAGAUGAUGAGGUCGGUGCCAAGCCCGAUGAGGAGGAUGGGGAGAGUCAUCAGAAACAGACGAAGAAGGCCAAAACCAAAGCCUCAAAAAAAAAGCAGGGCUCAGGCAACAAGAAGAAGGCAGAAACCUCCAAAGGUUCCCCAGCCUCAAAGGAUCAGGCCCAGCAAGAGCAGAAGAAGGAGAAGAAGGAGCAAAAAGCUCCGAGCACAGAUGAGAAGAAUGAGGAGACUUUUGCCAUGCGGCGCAUGCAGAGAACGAUGACUGAGGAUUGUGCAUAU